GCAAAUGGACACAUAGCGCUUACACCUUGCAGCCUGCGGGCGUCACCGACUGUUGAGCAGGGUCUCUGCCCGGUAUGCAGCCCUUUCCCGCAGAAUUUGCCCGAAAUGCAAAUUCAAACUCCAAAGAAUAUGACACAGUAUUCAUUGAGCGGUUAGGCCCCCACCGGUACAAAUGGAAGCUGCACGACUUUGCGUCGCUUCGGCAACUGCAGAAAGAGGUUUUGGGAGAAUGGGACAACAAAUUCCCAAAGGCGACGGCGCCGCCCCAGGGCCGCAGAAGGAUGUUGCGCCAGGCAAAGCCGCAGCGCCUGCAGCAGUAGCCGAAGAGGGCGAGGGCCUGCGGGCACGGCUGUGGGAUGUGCAAGACCUGGCAGCCAUCCGCAAGGGGCCGCUCGCUAAGCUGCCCAUCGAGGCGCUGCGGCGGCACCUGCAGGUGGAUGCGCUGGGAGGCGUUAUCGUGCGCACGGCUGGGGCUGAAUCGCUUUGCAGCUGGCAGCCGGAGCCGUGCUUCCCCCUGUCACGCGGUGGCCAAGCCGUGCCCGCCAACAUGCUUCCGCUGCACGCCGCCGCCGCGCGCACCCGCCGCCGCCUGGGCCCCGACGCGCCCAUCAAUGCGGUCGUGCGGGACGUGCCAGCACUCAUAGCUCCCCUUGGCUCCAUGCUGCCCUGGCUGGCCGCAGGGGCAGGGGCAGGGGCGGGGGCGGGGGCGCCCUCGGGGAGGAAGGACAGCGCCGCCGCCGGCGCGGGCGCGACGCCGGCGAUGGGGCCGCAGCCGAGGUCGUUUAUGGUGGUGAGGCUGGAGAGCGAGCAGGCGACAGGUCAGGUGGCGCCAGGCGUGUCUGCGGCUUCGGUGUCAGCGGGUGCGGACGCGGGUACAAGGGGCUCGGCAAGCGGCAGCGGGGAAAAGGGCGAGGGCGGGAGUGUGCCAGCGGAGGCGGCGGCAGCAGCAGCAGAGGCGCAGGCUGCCGCGGUGCCGGCAGCCGUGGGGGCAGCGUCCGAAACGCCAUCCGAGGCGCCUGCUGCGGAAAGGAAGGAGGGCUCCAGGGGAGGAGCAGCUACGCAGCAAGCGUCCUCCCCAGUGGACCAGCCCACGGAGGCUGUGCCUGCUGCACUCGAGGCGCCGCGUGGCCCGGCGCUCUCCUCCGCGCCCCCGUCACUCGAGGCGGCACCGCCAGCUGCAGCCGCCACGCCUGCGCCAGUGCAGCGCAAGAAGGGGCUGGCGCUGCGGCCGCUGCUGACCGGCCCCACCCAGGACCAAGUGGCCGCGCUGUGGCAUUUCGUGCUGGCUGCGAUCACAGCGCCGCCGCCGCCGCCGCCACCCCCGGCUGCUGCUACUGCGGCGCCGGGCGGCGAGGGCCAGGCAGCGGACGGCGGGCAGCCAGGCGGUGGUGCUGCCGGCGAUGAUGAUGAUGAUGAUGAUGAUGAUGACGAUGACGAGGAUUACGAUGAAGAUGACGAUGACGACCUUGAUGACGAGUUUGCAGAGCUGGGCCUCACAGGCGGGCGCCGCCGCCGGCGGAACGCGGCGCCGGUGACACGCGCGCCCUUGAUGACGGCAGCGGCGCGCGCGGCGGCGGACGUGGCGGCGGCGGCGCUGGUGCUCGACGUGCUGGGCAGCAACUGGGCGGGGCUGCCGGAGGGCGGGCUGGCGGCGGGCCUGCCGUAUCGCCUGGUGGCGGCGGCGGCAGCGGCGGCGGGCGGCGGCGUGGACGGCGCCGCCGCUGCGCUGGGGCUGGCGGCGAUGGCGACGGAGUGGCCGGCCUCGCUUCUGCGCGUGUAUCUGGACUGCACCCACUCGGGCGAGAGCGCAGGCGCGGGAGCGGAGGAUGACCCACAGGGCGUAGCUGCAACAGGCGGGCUGGAGGCGUCACGGCAGGCGCUGGCGCUGGCGCUAGGCUGGCAGCCGCCGCCGGCGGGGCGGCCGAGCACACAGCAGCUGCUGACGUACGCGCCGUGGUGGUACGAGAACGAUCUGGACGUGGAGGAGGAGGCAGACAGCCCAGGGCAGCAGCAGCACCAGCAGCCAUACGGGCUGGGCAGCUACCCAGUGGUUGGGUCGGUCCCGUUGCUAAGCCCCGGCCAAACCGCCGGGGUGGGGCCUGUUGCGGCGCCGGCCUCCCCAGCGCCUGCGGCAGCGAGCGCUGCCGCCGCCUCCCCGUACCCGUCUCCCUACAAAGCACCCUCGUCCACGGCGCUUCUCUCCGCCGCGGCAGCUGCUGCCGCCGCCGCCACCGCCGCCGCCGCACGCACACCUGGCGCCCUGCCCGUACCUUUCCCGACUGCCACUGCCGCCGGCAUGCCGCCCGGCGCCGCCACCGCCGCGGCAGCGCGCCUCGCCGUCGCCCUGGCCCCGGGCCGCGGCCCUGCGGACCCGGCGCUGCUUGCAGCCAUGGUGCAGCCGCGCAGCCGGCGGGGGCCGGCGCCGCUGUCGCGCCGCUCCGCGCAGCCCUUCCGGCGGCCCGAUGACCAAAUGGUGUUGCCCCCGGGGCCGCUGAACGUGGCGCGGUGGGAGCUGGUGCAGGCGCCCACGGCGCUGCCCUGGGGCGCAGGUGCCAUGUGGCCGCUCGGGCCCCACCUGGAGCCGGCAGGCCAGCAGCCGCAGCAGCCGCAGCAGCCGCAGCAGCCGCAGCAGCCGCAGCAGCCGCAGCAGCCGCUGGAUGGUGUGGAGUCUCCUGCGGCUGGCGUAGUCGGUAGCGGCGGCGCCGCGUACGUGAGGAGCCCGGGCGUGGUGGGUGUGGCGGGUGCUGGCGCCGCAGACGCCGGCACGGGCACUGCAGCUGUGGCGCCAACGCCGGCGCAGCGGCACCAGCCAGGUGCGGGUGCGGGUGCGGGUGCGGUGGACAGUCCUGUUGUUAUGGAGGAGGUGCAGGCCUUCGAGACGCAGCCAGAGGUGGACGGCGGCGGCAAGGCACGCGGCGCGUGGCGGAGCAGUGGCGGUGGCGGUGGUAGCAGCGGAGGCGGCGGCGCGGCGGCGGUGGGACCGGCAGUUGUUGUGCCGACGGCUGAGGACUCUGACCCGGAGUUCCCAGGGGCCCUGAGCGCGCAGGCGUCAUCGGUGGGCUCUGCAGCGACCGCACCUGCAGGGGGGCUGGCGUCGCGCCGCACCUUAAGUCUGCAACGGCAUGACAGUGUUGGCGGCUCGGGCGCCGGCAGCGGCCUGGUGACGGCGGAGGCGAGUGCGGCAUCCAUUGGCGCGGCCUCGGUCAUUGCAGCUUCGAUCGCGACCGCGGCUAUGUCCACUGCGGAAGAGGAUGCGUGGGUGCAGCAGGAGCGCAUGCGGAGGCAGGCCCAGGGGCCUGGUGGGCAGGAGCAGGAGCCGUUGCUGCCGGGGCAGGUGCAGGCGGACGGCUCGCCGCCGCCGCAGCAGCAGCAGCAGCAGCAGCAGUCGGCGGUCCUGGGGCUAGAGCGGCUCCCGCCGGACCUCGCGGCGGCCUUCCUACAGGCGGCGGCGGGCGCCAAGCGGCACGGCCACCUGCGCACCGUGCAGGUCGCCGCGCCCCUGACGACGCCGACUUAUCCCAAUGCGGCAGCGGCAAUGGCUGCCAUGGCAGCUGCUACUGUCGCUGCUGCAGCUGACCCGGGCUCAGUGCCCUCCGCCGGUGGCGCGGUGGCCACGCCAGCAGCAGCAGCAGCAGCAGCAGCAGCAGCAGCGGCAGCGGCCGGCUCCAGUCUUGUGCGAGCAGGCGCGCGCGCACCAGGGACUGCGGACGCCGCGGGCCCGGGAGGUGGCGCGGAGGCGGGGCCUCCUGACAAGAGCGGUUCAUUCGUGGGUGUGGAUGCGAACGGCAAGCCGUUUCCGCUGCCGCUUGCAGUGGCUGCUGCCGGCGGCUCUUUCGGUGGGGCUGCGGCUGUGCCUGCAGCUGCGGCUGCGGCGGCCACCGCUGCGGCUAUGGAUACGAGGUAUGUGGCGCCCGCAGCAGCCGGGGCCGCAGCAGCACCACCGCCUGCGGCGUCGCUUUCAGGGCUUGGGCCGGGGGCAGUGGCAGCGGUGCGCGGCAGCGGUGGAGGCGGCAUCCCCGCUGCUGGACCGGCAGCGGGCGGCGUGCUGCCGGCAGCUGUCGCGGCACCGCAAGGGCCGUGGCACAGCCCCAGGGCUGCUGCUGCUGCCGUGCCGACAUUCUCCAACCCGCUUGGUCUCCCUGUUUCGCCGCGCGGGAUGCCCCUGCCGCUGCUGCCGGCACCGGUGCGUCAGCUGCCGCCGCCGCAACAGCACGCCCACCACCCGCCGCACCCGCAGCAGCCUGUGAUGACCCUGGGGCAGAUGCAGGCACACCUGGGCCCGCAUGCGGCCGCAGUCCAGCAAUACCAGCAACAGAACCAACAACAUCAGCAACUGCCGGCGCAGCAGCACUUACAGCAGCACCCGCAACAGCACCCGCAACACCUGCAGCCUCACGGCUACCACACGGCACCGUCGCACACGGGAGCCGCGACGUACCUGCCGCAGCACUCGCAGCCGCUACAACCGUCACAGCCAUACUUUUCGCAGUCGCAGGCCGAUCCGUACUACGGCACCGAAGCGCCGUACGGCGGUUACGCGGUUACAACGGGACCGCACCCGCCGGCGCCGCUGCAGCGCCGGCCGCCCAACGCCGCGUCGCGGUGGGCAGCGGUGCUUGGGAUGGGCGGCCCGGGGCCUGCGGCGGCGGCCUCGCGGGCUGAGGACGCGCGCAUUGGCGCGUAUCAGGACUUUGUGGGCGUUACGGCGCUGGGGCGGCCGGUGCCGCGGUCGGCGGCGGGGUAUGGCGUGGGCAGCGGGUACGGCGGCGUGUUCCCCGGCCCCGGGUUCACAGGGCAGUACUCGUGAGGCCGGUGGUGGUGAUGAACUUGCGGCGGUUGUGGGAUAUGUGAGUAAUGUGACGUGUUCAAGUACCGGUGUGGCCAACCGCGGCGUCGUAAUGAUGCUGGGAUGACGCGCCGGCUGCAUGCUUGCGAACAUUAUAACAGAGGACAUGCAGUGUGUUCGGGGGGCUCAGCCCCACAUGAAUACCGACCCAAGUACGGGCUGUUGGAUAGGACCACCAACUGCAACACAUUCUACACUGCAUCUUGGAUGCGUAUGCUUUUACAGUAACAUAUGUCCGUGCUCGGUGGCGUUGUCGUGAAAGGUGGGGCAUGCUCCUGACCACGCACACCGGCACACGCGUCUCAGGGCCCCUGCACGACAUUGUACGGAACUGACGACCAUGCAAAUAUUCCCAUCCCGACAUACCCAUCCAAGGACCAGUGUUGAAUGUAAUGUACCGUAUGG